UGUGAAGUGAGUUAAAGUGAACUUGAGUGAAUAAUAACAAUCAUGCCGCCUAAGACAAGUGGAAAGGCAGCCAAAAAGGCUGGCAAAGCCCAGAAGAAUAUUACCAAGAAUGAUAAGAAGAAGAAGCGUAAGAGGAAGGAAAGCUACGCCAUCUACAUUUACAAAGUGCUAAAGCAGGUCCAUCCUGACACUGGAAUCUCGUCAAAGGCCAUGAGCAUCAUGAAUAGCUUUGUGAACGACAUUUUUGAGCGUAUUGCUGCUGAAGCCUCUCGUUUGGCCCACUACAACAAACGUUCUACGAUUACCAGUCGGGAAAUCCAAACUGCAGUCCGUCUUCUGUUGCCCGGAGAGUUGGCCAAGCACGCUGUCAGUGAAGGAACAAAGGCAGUUACCAAGUACACUAGCUCCAAGUAAAUCUUAGCUUGAUGUAUGCAGAACACCCAAAAGCAAAAGGCCCUUUUCAGG